AUGGGGACCAAGCCGGUGGAGAGGUACAAGGCUUUGUGUGCCGUCGUCAUCGACACGGGGACGGGCCACACCAGGAGCGGGCUGGCCGGGGACGAGCAGCCGCGGUCGGUGGUGCCCAGCCGGGCGGGGGGCAGCCCCGUCCUCACCCACGGCGUGGUCACCGACUGGGACGGGCUGGAGGAGCUGUGGCACCGAAUCCUCUACCAGGAGCUGGGCGUCUGCCCCGAGGAGGUGGCGGUGCUGGCCACGGACGCCCCGCUCUCUCCCAUCGCCAACCGGGAGAAGGUGGCCGAGCUACUCUUCGAGGGCUUCGGGGUGCCGGCCAUGCUGGUGCUGCCCCGCUCCCUGCUCGCCGCCUACUCCUACGGCCACACCGCCGGCGUGGUGGUGGGCUCCGGUGCCGGCACCUCCUACGCGGCGGGGGUGCGGGAGGGCUACGCACUGCCCCACGCCACCUUCCGCCUCGACGUGGCCGGGGACGCCCUCACCCUCUACCUGGGCCGGCUGCUGGGGUCCCGCGGGGUCCACCUCGACGCCGACCCCCUGCGCCGCUUGAAGGAGACCUGCUGCUUGCCCUCAGGGGACCGACACCUGUGA